AUGAUUUCCAAGUUUGUUCCUGUUUUCGCAUUCUUGGCGGUAGCUCACUGUCGUCCCGGACUCCAACAAGUCUACCAGGCGCCUGCAUUGCUGAAAGCCGCCCCAGCAGCCAUCAUUCAACCAGCUCCAUUGUUCACCGAGCCAGCUCUGCUAGCACGGAAAGAGAUCUACGCCUAUGAUGCUAAUCCACAGUACAAUUUUGCCUAUGAUGUGAAAGAUACUCUCACUGGGGACUACAAGAGUCAGCAAGAGAUCCUCGAGGGUGGUGUAGUUAAAGGACAAUACAGCCUCUUGGAAGCCGAUGGAAGGCAGAGAAUUGUCAACUACUAUGCUGAUCCAAUUAAUGGAUUUAAUGCUGAUGUGAAGUAUGCUGGUGCUGCUAUUGCUGCCCCACAGCCAGCUCUAGUCAAAACUAUUGCUGCUCCAGCUAUUUUGAAGACUUCUUAUGCUCCUGCAUACGCAGCCCCGGCAGCUAUUGCUGCUCCAGCUCUUAUCAAGACUGCCCCAGCAGCCAUUUCUGCUCCUGCUUUGGCUCCAGCACUCAUCAAAACUGCACCUGCUCUUGCACCAACCCUUAUUAAGGCUGCUCCUGCUAUCUCUUAUGCACAAACCCUAACUCCAGCCUUGACGACCUACACGAAAACUUUGGCUCCAGCUUUGGCUCCUGCUUAUGCGCCAGCUUUGGCCCCAGCUUUAACGACCUACACGAAAACCUUGGCUCCAGCCUACGCCACAGCUCUCCCCUACACUGCCACAAGUAUUGUCAAAUACUAA